AGAUGCGGCAGCAGGCUGAUGAUGGCUCCCGGUGCGACGGCGGCGUUUCUUCUUGUGCUUGUAAAGGCAUCCGGACUUGUCUGCUGUGUGAAAGGUUGAAAGGAAAAGCAACUUUUGAGACAAACGAAUCAAAGGCCGUGCAUCAUUUCGUCUACGAUCCUGAGACGGGACUCGCUGUCGGCAGAAAUGCAGAGACUGCAUCCUUCCCGUUCCCUGGUGUCUUCCUGCGGGAGAGCUUCAUCUCCGAGGAGGAGGAAGAGGAGCUGAUCAUCUCGAUGGACCGGGACGCGUGGAACCAGUCUCAGUCGGGUCGAAGGAAGCAGGACUUUGGGCCCAAAGUGAAUUUCAAGAAGAAGAAGGUGCGUGUGGGCGACUUCAGCGGUCUCCCUCCUUUGAGCCAAAAGCUCGUUCUCCGAAUGCAGCAGGAGCCGAGUCUGUCGGGCUUCCAGCCCGUGGAGCAGUGCAACCUGGACUACCAUCCUCUGCGAGGCUCAGCCAUCGAUCCGCACCUCGAUGACUCCUGGCUGUGGGGCGAACGGCUCGUCACCGUCAACCUGUUAUCAGACACCACGCUCACCAUGUCUCUGGAGGAGGGGCUCCCAGAGGCCGGGCAGUCGAGGGAGGUCCGUGUGGCCGUACGGCUUCCUCGUAGAUCCCUGGUCGUGUUGGACGGCGAAGCGAGGCAUAGAUGGAAACACGCCAUCCACAGGGAGGACAUUCAUGAACGCAGAGUCUGCAGCACGUUCAGGGAGCUGUCUGCAGAGUUCCUGCGUGGAGGGAACCAGGAGGAGCUGGGAACUCAGCUGCUGAGGACUGCAUCGAGCUUCCGAGGAACCCCAACGUAAUCUGAUGGAACAUAGAAAACUCCAACCAGGAACUUUUAUGAUGCAUCCCUUUGUUGGACUGUUAAUCCAGCAAUCAGCAGCAGAGCCUUCCUUAACUAUCAAACCAAGAUUAAUUUGAUCUAAAAUAAUGUCUAACGCUUGACUACAGUUAUAAUAAGUUAAAAUCUGAUGAUUAGAAUUGUUUUAGCCUCUGAACAGAUUGCUUUGUAUUUAUUUGUCCAGCAGAUGGCGAUAAAUAAAUGUGUUUUUAGGAUUAAGUAUCAAGAACACAUUAUUUGGUUACAGCCAGUGUGACUAAUGGCAAACAAAUAAAAACAAGGAAUAUAAUGCAGAGAUCAGUACCCACUCUUUUAACCCUGCGUUUUUGUGUGUGAUGAAAAUUAUCAUAUAGUGUCAGACCAACACGAACAUUAAAUAAAAAUAAGAAAUGAAGAAAAUCACCCCCAUGAUCCAGUCGGUCUUAUGUUCACUUUUAGCAGCGCUGACUUGACGUAGUCGUUUCCUGUUUGGUUCUUAUGGACUUUCACAUCGAUGCAGAGGAACUUUGGUCGUUGGUAGAUGUUUUCCUGCUUCAAUAGACCCGACUCAGGCGACUGGAUCGCCACAUCAGCUUGUCAUCGAGGUCUGCACAAGUCUGUUAAUGACCCACAAACUUGAGGCAGGUGUGUUGGAGCAGGGCACUGUCAAAACUUGCAGGGUUGAGGGUCACGAGGGAUUACGAAGCACCGGCUGAUGUCUUCACAUUCUGCUUUUAUAGACGUCUGCAGACCUGCUGAUGACCAGCAGCAGCCGGUGUUCUGCCAAUCCUUGCUCCCUGCCGAGAAAUGCUACUUUGUGGUUCUGGGCAUGCGCACAGUCGAUUUUCAAAGUUUGAUUGCCACACCCAUCAUUUCUUGCACAGUGUAAAAUUGAUAAUAUGGGAUGUUGAGUAUUUGAUCCUUCAAAAUACACUACCCAUGACAUGAACUGCAUUACACUUUGUGAACAUUAUACGAUAAAGAGAAAAAAAAACAAUUCUAUCACUUUAUUUGAUAUUCAUUCAGUCAUUCACCUUUAUUUAACCAGGCAGGUCAUUAAGAACACAUUCUUAUUUACAAUGACGGCCUGGCAAGAGACAAGGACCACUUGGGGGGGAAAGGAAGUGGGUUAGGGAGUAAAACACAGUAAAAUUGUAGCUCUACAAAGGUAGAAAACUAUUAGGGAGCAGUUUUUGGCAAAGCAGCAAAAAAUGGCAGAACACCGGCCGCAACUUACUCUCUUAAGUCCUCUGGAAGCAAUUAGAGGGUACUUAGUAUUGCCCAUGUUAGUUUAUUUUUAUUUUUCAGCAUGUCGGUGACGACAGGUUAGGAGACGGGUGGAGAGACUACACCAGCAGAAGGCUGCAGGUCCUGAUGAGAUCUGCACCAGGGGUCCUGGAGACCUGUAGCACCCAGCUGUCUCCUACCCUGCAGUAGGAAGAAACCCCCGUGACUGGCCGUGGGCCGGGCUGGAGGGGUCAACUCUGAGGAUGAAGCUUGUGGCUGUUGUUUUGAAAGUCCUACCGGUCUGUUACUCUACGGAAGAGUAUUAGAGAGUAUCAGGAGAAAAAUAAAAAUAAUAUUUUUGAGGA